GCUUCACUAAAAAUGACAGUAUCACAAGACACAGCUUCUUUAAUGUCCAUUGCUGACCCCUGGAAAAAAACAUUUUUACACAGUCAACAUUCUUUAUAUCUGAAGGAUGAAAAACAGCACAAAAAUCUUGAAAACUAUGAAGUCCCAGAAUCUAUUGGUUCUCCAGAUCUCAGUGGUCAUUUCUUAGCAAACUGUAUGAAUAGACAUGUUCAUGUGAAAGAUAACUUUGUACAUUCUGUUUCUGAAACACAGAAUAUAGAAUCCCAGAAGAUUCACUCAUCUAAACUGAGUGAUGUAACUAGCUCUAAUAUGCAAAUAUGUGGAUUUAAAAGCACAGUUCCACAUUUAACUGAAAAGUAUCAAAAGCUUCUCAGUGAAAAUAAAAUUAUAGAUGAACAGCCUAAACAUCAGUCAGAUAUAUGUGAUGUUGUUAUUCACGAGGACCAAUGGGUUGGCGAGACAGUACUACAAUCAACAUUUAGCAGUCAGUUAUUAAAUCUUGGGAGUUAUUCAUCUAUUCAGCCUGAAGAAUAUUCCAGUGUAGUUAGUGAUGUUGUACUUCAAGACUUACUGGCACAUGUGUCCUCAAAACAUUCCUACCUCAGAGAUCUUCCUCCGAGGCAGCCUCAGAGGGUGAACAGUAUAGACUUUGUAGAAUUGGAGCACCUUCAGCCUGAUGUAUUAGUCCACACAAUACUAAGAGUUGUUGAUUUCACUAUACUGACAGACGCAGUAUACAGUUAUAGAGGACAGAAGCAGAAAAAAGUUAUGUUAACAGUGGAACAGGCCCAAGAUGAACAUUAUGUGUUUGUAUUAUGGGGUCCUGGAGCAGCCUGGUACCCUCAACUUCAAAGGAAAAAAGGUUAUAUUUGGGAAUUCAAAUAUAUUUUUGUUCAGCGCAAUUACAUACUAGAAAACCUAAAAUUGCAUACAACGCCUUGGUCAUCCUGUGAGUGCUUGUUUGAUGAUGAUAUAAGGGCAAUUACAUUUAAAGCAAAAUUUCAAAAAAGUGCACCCUCCUUUGGGAAGAUAUCAGACUUAGCAACCCACCUAGAGGAUAAAUGUUCAGGAGUGGUUCUAAUUAAAGCCCAGAUUUCAGAGCUGUCAUUUCCUAUUACGGCAGCUCAGAAGAUAGCUCUAAAUGCUCACAGUUCUCCGAAGAGUAUUUUUUCUUCUCUUCCCAACAUCGUAUAUACUGGCUGCGCAAAAUGUGGAUUGGAACUAGAAACAGUUGAGAACAGGAUCUACAAACAAUGUUUUAGCUGCUUGCCAUUUACUAUGAAGAAAAUAUACUAUAGGCCAUCCUUAAUGACUGUAGUUGAUGGAAGACAUGAUGUUUGCAAUGUAGAAUCAAAGCUGAUAGAGAAGAUUCUUCUCAACAUUUCUGCAGACUGCCUCAACAGAGUGAUAGUUCCUUCCUCAGGGAUCACCUAUGGGAUGGUCGUGGCAGACCUGUUCCACUCCUUGUUGGCAGUCAGCGCAGAACCUUGUGUAUUAAAGAUUCAGAGCUUUUUUGUGUUAGAUGAAAACAGCUAUCCAUUACAACAAGAUUUCUCCCUCCUGGAUUUUUAUCCUAACAUUCUAAAGCAUGGAGCCGAUGCCCUUCUCUGAGGCCAGAGGAAGAAAUUGCAGGCAUU